GUGGGGGCAUUUGGGCAAUCGCCGACAUCCUGAGGUUUUGGAACGCACGAAUAUUGUUAGCACGAACUUCUGGCUUUCUAUUACUCAAUUCUCCUUGUUUGAUUGAAUUCUGAUUACUUGCAUACCUUUUCAUACGUGUACGAGCUUAAUUUGAGGGCUUACGAUUUGCUUUACGUGCCAACUUCCCCACACAUACAAGUGCAAUGAGCUUCUUUGGACUAAAAGGGAACAAAACGUUUAAACCCAAGCGGAACAUACCCGAAGGCACAAAACAAUAUCAAUUGAAGAAGUAUGCAGAGGCGACGCUUGGCUCCGGAAAUCUUCGACUCGCCGUUGCUCUUCCAGAGGGUGAAGACUUGAACGAGUGGCUUGCAGUCAACACGGUUGACUUCUUCAACCAAAUUAACAUGCUAUACGGGACAAUCACGGAGUUCUGUACGCCAUCCGAAUGCCCCGUUAUGUCUGCUGGUCCAAAGUACGAAUAUCACUGGUGCGACGGCGUGCAGUUCAAAAAGCCAGUUAAAGUCUCUGCUCCCGAAUAUGUUGAUUACCUGAUGACAUGGGUGCAAGCCCAACUGGACGAUGAAGCCAUAUUCCCUUCGAAAAUUGGUGUACCGUUUCCGAAAAGUUUCCCGUCAAUUGUCAAAAACAUCUUUAAACGACUGUUCCGAGUAUAUGCGCACAUAUAUCAUGCACACUUUCCGAAGAUUGUGGCUUUGGGAGAAGAAGCGCAUCUGAAUACCAGCUUCAAGCAUUUUGUGUUUUUUGUGCAGGAGUUUGCUUUAAUUGAUAAGAAGGAGUUGGCGCCGCUGGAAGAGUUGAUUAAAACGCUGACGAAUGAAAAUAGGGCAGCACCUCCAACAGGCGCGGGAAUCUUGGCUCAGUAGACCUGUCUUACCCUAGUAUUUUGGUAUAAGAGUAUAAUGACAACGAAUAAGGACAAUAAUGGAAAGUGUCUGUAUGGUCAAAAGGAAUACUAGUUCUGCGGUGGUAUUGGGACUUCGCCUCUCACAGUUUCGUUCUUUGGACGAGGAUGAACAGCCAACAGUGG